GUAUCACGUAACCAACGAGCCCCUUCUCGGUCGCAUGGGAAACCCCGCGUACAGGUUGUGUGUCAUUUUCGCAGGGACUGGAGCUCGAGCCCGGUGAGGAGGGGGAUGGGCGCUUCUGCAAACGGAUCUACUGGACAGACUUAAUGGAUGACCAUUACUUUGCGUGGAUAUUGAAUUUAACUUUACGCCAAUGCGUGGAAACAGUGAGAAGUUUGUUUGUGAUCCAGAGAGAGGGAGCUACUUUUAACGGCAGACAUACGGGAGACUCCGAGGCCUUGUCACAGGCCUAGUGGUCUGCUUCAUGUUGGGAUAUCACAAAGGCUUUCCAUUGUACUGGAUUUUUCCUCACAUACAAGAUUUUGGAAUGUCUCUUUAGGUCCCCAAUGCCGGUGGGCCGUGGCGUGCGGCUCGGUGGCACCCACCCUUGGCGUGCUCUGUGGCUGUAGCUGGAACCCUGUGAUUCUUAACCUUUUUCCCUCCCCCCUGCCCUUAGUCUACCCCCCCUUCCCCACCCCUUCCUCCCCCCUCAUCCCCCUCCCAGAGCGUCGCUGUGCUGGACGUCAUGAGCAUAGUAAUCGCUCUGGGAGUCACUACGCCUGAAACGUCAUACUCAGACAUGGCCGCUGGAUCUGACCCUGAAUCCGUAGAAGCAAGUCCUGCAGUGAAUGAGAAGAACUACAACCAUAGCUGUGGGAGUGCACAAAGUCAUGGGUAUCGCGGUCUACCGUAUGCUAUGCAGCAGUCUUCCGUUGUGUGUUGCCAAGAUCACAACUAUGGUGCGCCUCCGCCCCCCACGCCACCUGCUUCCCCACUGUCCCAAACAAUCAUUCCCCGCAUGGAGCUCAACGGUGUGGUUAGAGCUUCUCGCUAUAACAAAUCUGCUGAGGACAACUCCGCAGACAGUGACAGCUCCUCUGAGGAUGAGCUGCCCAACUCAAGCUGGUGUCAAUGUAGUCUGACAGCAGACAGUAUCCUCAUCAAGUGUGACCACUGCAGGGACCUUGACAGCUGUAAAAGAGCAAAGGGUCACAGAAAUCCCGAAAAUGUCUCUGCCGGAGAAAGCAGUGCUACUGAAAGUGGUGACGAAGAGGUAUCCCCUUCAACUGUGUCCUAUACAGCCACUCAGCAUACGCCCACCAGCAUUAAACUCACGGUCAACAGAGUCAAACGAAGUAAAUCCAAAAAGAGGAAGAAAAGCACAGAGAAGACUCGUGGUGUGGCCAAAGCCAAGAAGGUCAAGGCUUUCAGAGAGGGUUCCAGAAAAUCUAUGCGAAUGAAGAACUCAACAACAGAUGCUAGUGUGCUGGAUGAAAACACUUCUGAGGGGUGGGAGAGCAAAAUCCGCAAGUGGACGGACCAAUAUGAAGAAGCUCUGGCCAAUCAGUACAGCGCAGAUGUGCAGUCCCUCCUUCAGCACCACACUGGCAGCUCUAGGGACUCUCAGUCCCCCUCCUCAUCACAGACAAGUCCAGCAGAAUUCAUAGAUACUAUAAACCGGACUGCGCUUUCCUGUAACAACACAGUCCUUGGCUCACAAAUGCAGCUGCAGUUGGGUCGUGUAACUCGCGUGCAGAAACACAGGAAGAUUUUACGAGCGGCCAAGACUUUGGAGCCUGAUACUCUCAUUAUUGAGUACCGGGGAAAAGUCAUGCUCAAACAGCAGUUUGAAGUUAAUGGACACUUCUUCAAAAAACCCUAUCCGUUUGUACUUUUCUACUCAAAGUACAAUGAUGUAGAGAUGUGUGUUGAUGCACGAACAUUUGGGAAUGAUGCCAGAUUUAUCAGGAGGUCUUGCACACCGAAUGCUGAAGUCCGACAUAUGAUUGCUGAGGGGAUGAUUCACCUGUGCAUCUACGCUGUUAGUCAAAUCACUAAGGAUUCUGAGGUCACCAUUGGGUUCGACUUCGAGUUUAGUAGUUGUAAUUACAAAGUGGACUGCGCUUGCCAUAAGGGGAAUGAGAACUGCCCAGUACAGAAACACAACUUGAACCCCACAGAUAACUUGGUGAGUCCUCCAUCAAUUUUACCCCCCACGCCUCUGAUCGGAGCAGAGACAAGGAGAAGAAAGGCCCGAAGGAAAGAGCAAGAGGGCUCAGGUGGUGAUAUUAACCAGUCCCUAGACCAGCACUCGGAGGCCAAAGACGCACAAGGAGCCAGUGAUACUGAGGAGAAACCAUUUGAAGAACUGAAGGCUGAAGAGAAAGACAACGAGCUGUUUGAAAACGGAGUACCUGGCUCUAGUAAUAAAACGCUGAACAUUGCAGAUAGACGACGGAGGAAAACGGGAUUUGCCGAAUUGAAAGAGGAGUGUGUAGAAGCUGACUCUCGGAGUGUCACUGCAGGAAAUCCAACAACUCCUGCCACUGGAGUUGGAAUGAGCACGCGGCGCACCACCUAUGUCACUGACCCAACUCCAGCUGAUGAGAAGACUCCUCACAGCCUGCCAGCCCCAGCUGUUGCAGCUAAACCUACACGACCUACAAAGCCCAGGCCCAAAAGUCGAAUUUCUCGUUAUCGCUCCAGUUCAUCCCAACGUGCACGUCGCCAGCGCCAGGCUCUGGCUCAGGCUCAGCAGGCAGCAGCUGCAGUCGCAGCAUCUGGUGCAUUGGCUGAUCAGGGUGCUGCUCUAGAAGAAGAGGCAUCCCAGGGCCCCUAUGGUGCUGAACAGGGGGAAGGGGUCCUAGGUUCAGUGGGCCUCUUUGAUGGAGAUGGCCAAGGUCCAAAUUGUAUCCACAGAGGAAACUUUCGCUACCCUAAGACCAAGAAGUACUUGGUUACUGAGUGGUUAAAUGACAAAGUGCCUGGAGGUGAGAAGGUACCCCAGGAGUUGCCAGUGGAGCGGCCUUUGAGGAUAACAACCGACCCCACAGUUCUGGCCACCACUUUGAAUAUGCUGCCUGGCCUGUCUCACACAUCCAUGAUCUGUACCACUCCUCGACACUACAUCCGCUUCGGCUCACCCUUUAACCCUGAGAGACGCAGACCCCGCCCACUCCAGAUGGAUGGAACUUAUGGCUGUUACAAGAAGAGGUGGAUAAAGCAGAUGGAAGAUGAGAGCUGCUCUGUCAGUGUUGAAGAUGGAACAGAAUCCACCUUGUCUCAGAAAAGUACGAGCAGCAGGUCAACACCCAACCCACUGUCCACUGAGGUCAAUGCACCAAUUAAAAAGCGCAGGUCCAAGUAUCUGACUGAAUCAACACCAGCAACAACUUCGGAGCAUUUACUCCGGCCCUUGUCACCCAUCACCCCCCCUCCUCCAGAGGAUCCCCCUCAUCUUUUGCUUCACACACCUGGUUUGCUAUCCAACGGCCUUCCCUACUCCCCCAUGCCCUCACUGCCGACCAGCCGCUGCAACACACCACUGCAGUUCGAGAACAUAUCAUCACCGGAGGCAUCUCCAGUCCACAGGCCAGAGUCCAUAUCACCUGAGCCCUGUGUGCAAGCAGAUUAUGACAUUUCUCGACCGCAGUUUUUAGAAGUGUCCCUCUCCUCUAGCCUGGAGAGCCCAGCUGCUAUGAUGUCCGACGAAUACUCCCUUCCUGGAGGUGCUGCAGGCCCUGAUUCUCAAGCAGUUGGAACUAAUUCAAUGAACCAAGUAUCUUGUCUGUCAUCGGACCUAAGCAGGGAGCAAACUUUCAAGACAGAAUUUAAUCUCAUUUAUACCUGCUCACCUCUCAAUGCAAACCUGGGAAAUACCGUGCCCACGGAACAGCGGCUCCCUAAAAGAGAAUGCUUUUCCCCUGUAGAGUCUCUCCAUAGCUCCUUAAGUGGGCAUGGUCUCAUGGGGGACCAUGGGUCAAUGUCUCCGUAUGGGGACACUCUUUAUGGGGGAAUGUACCCAGACAGUGGCACGCCACCUCACAUGAGCAACCCGCCUCAAAAAAAGAAGAGGGCCAAGCAGUCACCCAUUAGUCUGGUGACAGGGAAGACACAUUACCAGACUAUAGCUGUAAGAAGUGAAUACAAGACAGUACAAAAUAUGGUAUCUUUGCUGGAGUACCGGAAAAGGAAGCAGAGCUGUGGUCGCGACUCCGAGUCCCUAAGUGCCACACACACGCCCCCUGGCAGCCAUUACAGCCAGGACACUCAUCAUAGUCACCGGCUCCAGCUUCGGGCCUCCCCUCACCCUUAUCCAUCAUCUGCUCAGCCUUACUCCAGUCCCCGCACAGAGGCAGUCAGUCCCUCAGAAUCACAGGCCCCGGCAUCAUCCCGACACCAGGACAACCAGUGGAUGGUUCCUACUAGUGUUGAACGACUAAGGGAAGGGCAGGGCGUUCUAGAGCGAGUGCUGAGAAGCAUCAAGACUGAGCGCACCUACAAGCACGGUGAUGGUUCAACUGACAAAGAAUGUGUCUACAGAGAGCCAGCGGACUGACAGCCUGUCAUUCCCUCAGCAGACCCUCCCAGUCUCCAUUCCAAGGUUUCUUCAGUCCCUCGGCAGGCUCGCACUUGUGUCUGGGCCAUUCCUUGGGCCACCCUCUUGACCAUUCUGUGACUUCCUCAACUCCCUCCUUCGAGCGCUCUACACCAGCAGACUGACACAUGGCCGGCCACAGGAUCUGGGCUGGGUGCUGGGUGAAGCAUGCCCCAAACCACACACUACCCACCAGGGAUGAGCCAGUGUACAGGCUCGGGAUUACUGACACCGUGUGGAAGAGUGAGGAUGUGCACUAGAGUCAGAGGUGCUGUGAAAAAGUCACUAAAGAGCAGUGCAUUCAGGUUGUUUUGGGACUUUGAGGACAAUAGAUGUACAGACCAUAAAGGAACAAGGACUUGUGGAUUAAUUUUAGUUUUUUUUCUUUGUUUCCUUUGCAUUGUGGGAUAUUGUUAUGAUACGUUGCCCAAAGAUCAUAGACACUUUAUGGAAAUGGACGACCCCCCCACUUUCUAAAGUGCCAGGCUCGCGUGAGGUUCACAAAACAUCCAUAUACAGCAGUAUCAGUUGGGACAAAUGAGUGGGUCUUUUUUUUAUGUUUGACAAAAGUCAACAAUGUGUUCGUAAAGACAGCCCUCAAUCCAAAAAAAAGGAAUGGAAAGUGCAGAUAAAUGAGUGCUAUUAAAGUCUACUUUGGCUUGUAAUUCAUAAUGAGCAUCCAAAUAAACAUCUGUUUAUUGUAUUGGUUCAUUUAUCAAAAAAUAUUUUCAAGAAACCACACAAAUGAAGGGUUAUUACAAUUUAGACUCGUCAGCAAUAAUCAUUUUUCAGGCCAGUUAGACAAUGAAGACUUUGUUUAUGGUAGAGGUUUUUGUUUUCUAAGAACUGCUUCAGACUAGCCAACAUUCUAUCUGUUGCCUUGUACUGCAUCAGCCCACGGUGUAUGCCUUUAUAAUUUGGACUUAAAAAAGAGAGCCCUGGGGUAUACAGACCUCAGCUCAUGCCUAACCUCUUAACCCUUAUGGCGAACUGAAAGCAAAAGCUGGUAUGCAGCUAUGAAUGUAUAUUUUAAGUGUAUAGUACUUCAACUUGGUUUUACUGCACUGGGGUUAUUUGGUUUUUUAGUUAUGGUGGAAUCAUCCAUUAUUUUUACAGCCCACUCUUUUUUUCAUUACCAUUCCAUUAUAAAGACUUCGAGUAAACCCAUGUAUAGCCAUUGGUCAAUAAUCGCAUUCAUCUUGACUUCCACCACUUAAACUUUUUUUAUUUAAAUGACUGUAUGUCACUGACAUCUACCAGUGUAUUUGAUGCAGUACAUGCUCUUGGGGUUUAAGGUGCUGCAUUUUACAGUGAAAUAAAAGCCAGUUCUGCAUUUAGAGCUGAUCGAGCCACUAUAUUAGUUGAAAUCUGUUUUUAUUUUGUUCAUAUUGAGCAGAGUUUCCUGUGAUUGUGUUUAGAGAAAUAACCAAAUAGGCAUUUUAUUCACAUGUUGGGUUUGAUCUGUUCAACAGUACUACUUCCCCACCCUCCACCCUGCCAUUUCUGACCAAUCCUUGCAUUCCAUGUGAUACCGAGGGAUCUCUGAAGGAGUACUUGGAUAAUUGUUAAAAGUUUAUAACUACUGCUGCUAAGUUCUUUUAGAAGAGCUACUUCUCCUUGGAAGUAUGGUGUAUUUCUUUGUUGCAAUCCUUCUAAUUGAAGAGGCGGCUUUGCUAAUGCAGUGGUGGGACCUUUAGCUGGCCUGAAUGCCAGCACAACACUGGGCCGAGCAGCUCUACUUCGGUUUCCCCUGCUACAACUUCAACACAAGGAAUGUUUGACCCAAACAAAGAAAGUGUUUGUGGCUCAAAAUUACCAGCACCUUAAAACAAGAGAUUCAACCUUACAACACAAAGACAUUAUGUAUGACUAUAUGACCUGUGUAUAGAAAGAUAUGUGAUAUAUAGACUUGUAUUGAAGAUAUAGUACACAUGAUUUCUGUUUUCUGGUCUUUCUGACGAUUGGACGUUAAAUCAUUGGGUCUGUUCCUUGGUUCCUCUCAGAUGCUGCAUUCUUUUUGUACAUUUCUGUUGGUUUUGUUAAUUUUCUCACAGAUCAUAGUAGUAACUAAUUCAAUUGUUGCCCUCCAAAAGAUUUAAGAAGAGUUGUAUUGCAUUUUGAUAAUAAAAUAAUCAUGAUGAUGAUAA